AGCUGUUAAAGUGGUUGCUAUGAGACCUUCUCCAGCUAACACCGGCACAGCAGUGUGUGAGGCUGUUAAAUCAUAGCUCUUGCAUUAUACCUUCCCUUUCUGCCUUUUUUUUUUUUUCUUUUUCCCUAACACAGCUUUUGUAGUUGUUUAAGAUCAGAGAAAGCACCUGCCAGUUGCUUUUUCUUCUGUUUCAGUCCCUUCUGCUGCUUCGUGCAAGAUGGAGCUAGAAAAUGCAGUGAUCAGCUCCACGAGCAGUUCUUCAGCAGGCUCCAGAGAGUACAAGGUAGUGAUGCUGGGAGCAGGGGGAGUUGGCAAGAGCGCAAUGACAAUGCAGUUCAUUAGUCAUCGGUUCCCUGACUACCAUGACCCAACUAUAGAGGAUGCCUAUAAAACUCAAGUCCGAAUUGAUGAUGAACCAGCUUAUUUGGACAUUCUAGACACUGCUGGACAGGCAGAAUUCACAGCCAUGAGGGACCAGUAUAUGCGAGGUGGAGAAGGCUUCAUUAUCUGCUAUUCCAUCACAGACCGCCAAUCCUUUCAAGAAGCAGCUGAGUUUAAGGAACUCAUUUAUCGUGUCCGGCACACCUAUGACAUCCCUGUGGUGCUGGUGGGAAACAAAAUAGACCUUGAGGAGUUCAGACAGGUCUCAACUGAAGAAGGAAUGAGCUUAGCCAGAGAAUAUUCCUGCUCCUUUUUUGAGACUUCAGCUGCACUCCGCUUCUACAUUGAUGAUGUCUUUCAUGGACUAGUGAGGGAAAUUCGAAGGAAAGAGUCCUCACUGUCCAUGAUAGAGAAGAAGAUGAAGAGGAAAGAUAGUCUGUGGCGGAAACUUAAGGGGUCUCUGAAGAAAAAAAAGGAAAGUACAACCUGAUGGAAAUUUUCCAUGAGCCGCUCAUCAGGAGCUGACCACAGUAACCUGUAAUAGUUCAAAAAGGCAGCAUUGACACAGCAUCUUCCAGGCCAGGUCCUGGAGUUCCUUCCCUUUGGCUCUAAUGCAGAAGUUGCUCUUUGAGGGCCCAAUUAAUGGUUUCCCUGUGACUCUUCUGUUCUAUAGUGUCAUUUAGCAUACCCUCUCAUACCUUUUCUGCAACUCUGAGUGGAGAAAAUACUGUGUUUUUUAACGUGUGCUCCAUGGCUGGUCUUCAAAUGCUGUGAGUUACGCCAGCAUCCAAGGCAGAAAGCUUCUGCCGGCUCUAACACAAUGGAUACGCUUAUUGCCUCCUUCUCUGCAUGCACAGGUCAUUUCACCAUCCCAGGAAUGAAUGGCAUUGAUUUCAAAAGACAUUUUGACUGUUUGAGGACUUUUGGAAUGUAACCUCCAGCUUUGAAUUCACACCUAGGUUUAGGGUUAGCGUGUGCUCAGCUUGCACGCCGUGUUUGUGUGUGAACAUGUCUGUGAGCCAGGCUCAAAGGGAACCUGGGGAUUCACAAUUCUGACCCCAUGUUGCCCCAUUUCUUGUUGUGUCCUGCCCAGACAGCAGUUAGGUUUUGCAAGCAGAGUACAAGUUGUGCACCAGCCCUGCAGAGGCUGCAGGGGUACUGCUCUGUCUCCUCUGAGCUGCACUUGCCAGGUGCCAUCUUCUACAGACAUGCUGUGCAUUCAAGUAAUACAAGAGGCUGUGUUGGAAAGGAGCAUUUAAAGUUCACCUGGUCCAAAUGCCUGCAAUGAAUGGGGAGUCUUUCAACUUGAUCAGGUUCCUCAGAGUUCUGUUCAGCCUGACACUGGAUGUUUCCAGGGAUGGGGCAUCCACUACCAAUCUGAGCAUCCUCUGCCAGUGCUUCACCAUCAGCCACACUCCCCUGUCCCAUCAAGGAGCUCGCAGGUGCUCUGUCGGUCCAAUGAGUCCCAAAGCCCUCCAUGGAGCAGUGCAGCUCUGUCCCUGCAUGAAAUAGCAUCUGUGAUGUAGCAUCCAGCCCUUGACUUACUAGACAAUUGCAUCAGCUCAAUCACCAUUGCUCAUAGUCCUUGACCAUCCAAUUGAGCCACUUGACUGAGCAGUUGGAUAAGUCUUUUUAAAUAUUCCUUUUUAAAGCUGGCAUGAAGUAGAGUAUAUGUUCCUAAACUUUUCUCCCCUGGAGUUCCUUUAAUGUUGUUGCUAUUUAUAAAUUUUAUAGAUAGAAUAUGCAUACGCAUAUCAAAACUAAAGAUUGUGAUUUCCACGGAGCUAUACUAGUAGUCAGUGUCAUUUGUGUCUGAUCUGGAGUGAUAAUGGAUAUAACAAAAAAUAUGUAUCUUUGUUAUUAAAUGUUCCUUUUUCACUUUUCUUCUGCGAUUAUUUUGCAGAGUUUCAACCAAUUAUAUUUUGCAUAGUCUGGGUGGGAGUAGAUUUGUUUUCCUCUAUAAAAUUUGGAAAGGUUAUGGCAAUGUGAAAAACUUUAAUUCAUUAAAAUCUAAUGGUUUUUUUCUCUGCUCUUCCUUCCUUUCAAGGGAUUCUGGAUAUAUUUUGUGACUUGUCAAAAAUCCUUCAUCAAAAAUAGUGGUUUGCUGUACAUUUUUAGAUAUAUGUGGCUAUAUUUCUAUUUGAGAAAUAUUAUUUUGGAGGAAUACAAAUACAUGUAUACAUUCAAGGUGAAUUUUCUGCUUCCUUUCUCUGAAAACUGAAAUCUGUAUUGAUACCAUUGUAAUUACUAAUAUUAUUUUAUCUGUAUUGCCACAGAGAUUUUAGGUCAAGUGUCCUAGAGACAAAAAAGAUGCAUUUGUCCAAAGAGUUUAUGAGCUAAGUGUCAGUGGAGGGACAACAAGAGGCUGCACUGGACAGAUGGCAGCUCUGAGAAAAUAAAUAACAAGGGGAAACAUCUGUGUCUGUUCCAAACCUGCACACUGCACAGGGGAGAAUGAAGCAGUCAUUCCCUGCAUAAGAGAGCAUAGAAAUUACCACCCUGAGAAACCUUGAGGGAUGGUCUUUGUUUUUUUCAGCAGACACCUGAGUUUUGAGCCAAUUGAAAAUCAUUUACUAAGGGACAUACAAUAUCAACAUGAACUUGACUCCAAAAUUUUAGGGGUACCUUGGUUCAAGUCAGUUUUUAAGACAAAGAAAAGUUGCAGAAGACAGCAUAAAUACAGUCUACUAUUAAAUCUUAAAUAUAUUAACUUGAUUAAAUAUAACUACUCAGUGGCAUUGAGGUCAUCUGGCACAGAGCAGCAUAUUUUCAUAUUGUUUAACUUCUUAGCCUUCACAGCAGGGUUACCACACACAAGCUGCUCUUGGAAGUGAUUCCUGGACUGUACCAUGUUAUGCACCAUGCUGAUCAAGAGAUCAAAAAAUUCUGCUCUUCUGGUCUGUAACCGAGAUAGACACCAUUCUAACAUUUUGGCAGUAAGGAUGUGCUCAGGUGUCUCCUGGGAUAUGCUCAAAUUAGUGGCACAGACACAGGAUGCAUCAUCAUAUUUUCAGAUGUAGCAAGCCGAUGAAAAUGCCAGGUUCUGUGUGUCUUCACAACCAGCCCUGAAAUGACCAUUUUGAAAGGUAUUUGAUACCAAGAUGGUCUCUUCAGGGAGAAUGAGGUCUCAUAUCCUCUGAAGAUAUUCUGUUACGUCUUCUAUGAGUAAUUUCAGGCAUUGAAUUAGGCAGAGAAGUCUGUAUUUGUCUCAUUCUGCUUUGAUCAUGUUGAACUUGAGGAUGACAUCCAAUCAUUCAGAUCCUCUCUUUGGUUAAUACAGAGAGAGAUACUGUUGAUUUUCCCUAUAUGGCAUGGAUGGUUAGCAUAUGGCGAAUCCCUCCUGAAUUGGCUGUCUCUUUCCAGUAACUGUAUUUCUCUCCGCAAAAAACAGACCAGUCUCCCAGUUAACAUUUUGAUGUCUAAAUUCCUGUGGGUUAAACCCCAUCCAUAAAGGUUUUUCCACUCAAUAUCAACAGCAGAGAAUAGUUCUGCAAAUGCUAGGCAUUGAGCUUUGUCUCUGAAACACAUCACCAUCCGUUACUUCUAAAUUGGGAAAGUAAUUCUGAUUUACCAUGAACCAAUUCCUCAACAAUCUAUAAUGCUUAACCUCAGUUAAUUGAGCAGAGCUGAUGGAAGUUAGAGUCAGUGAGGAUAACAUAAGUCAUAACUGCACAAGAUGCUGGGUGCAGCUCCUUUACCUAAUUAAUCACUUUGAUUCCAUCACAGAAGAUUGCAUUUAGCUGUCAGACCUAGCUAAAAGAAUAAAAAAAACCCAAGCUG